AUGUCCGCGCUGGUGAUUACGUUCAGCUCUCCGACUUAUGGCACCUCGAGAACCAAGAAGAUCAAACAGCAGCCAAACCUUUUUCAAAUGUCCCGAGGCCUACCUAUCUUCUCCGAACUCGCGCAGGAGCACAAGACGGUCAAAACGGUCAGAAGACUCCGGAAAUAAUGGCACUCGUAAUCAGGCGACCAACGAAAAUCUCUGACAAUAUGCUCGUUAUGGGACCAAAAAUUUCCGACCCCGUCCAAGUGCCUGCGAUUUUUUGGCCAUAUCCGCUGCCAAAGGCAACCGACUCUCUCUGGUGGAUUUUAGCUGCAGCGAAUUUAGAAUAUUGGACUCCAGAGCUCGCUCUUGAGUGCCAAUUCUCAUCCAUAGACUCUGAAAUUCGAUUUAGCCCAAUCUUUCAGAUUUACAGAACGUCUGGUUUUGGCCAUGGGUCAUGCUUGUUAUAAUGACAAUCCACUGAGCGCUGGAGAUCGACCCGAACUCAAGAAUUUUUCCAAGUUCCCGCGCUGUUCAAUGGCAGCCCCAAUUGCUUUUCAUGAAUGCUCAACGAUGGAAUCUCGCGUUCAGAAGUCCUUCACGAACCAUGGUCAAGUCCAUCAAGCUGUUGAACUACUGGAACAGCUGGCUGCGUUGUGUCCUGAAGUCGAGUCUGGAGAAGCCUCUGUCGUUGUACUCUCUCCAUAUGCAGCAGCCGUCACUGAGGUACGUUCCAUGCUGCCUGAAGUCCUCCAGAAAUUUCCGGCAAUGCGAGUUCGCGUAGCAACCGUUGAUCAGUAUCAAGGACAGGAAGCCGAGGUCGCUUUCUUCAUAACUACUCGAACCGCGACGCAAAGUAAGAACGAUUUUGCUUCAUACUCCCCACGCACCACGGUGGCCCUCACAAGGGCGCGUCAAGCCUUAGUGAUCCUUGGACGUCGCUCGUACAUCAAUCAUCACGCCAGCAUCGAGCUGCAAAAACUCCUGGAAUACGCUCGCAUUUCAUUUUCUGUUUCAUUUUUGUUUUCGAGUGCUUAUUAUUCCUAUAUCUUGCCUUUAUACAGUCCCUUUAUUAUUGUCAUGUCUGCAUAUUACCCUUCACACCAUUUGAUGUCAACGUCUCAAAUGUUCCUCUCGAUCGGCAAUAUUUUACAUUUGCAUAUCUCGUUGCUCUGGCAAUUCACAGUAAUCACUUUUGUUCUACUUUCAGAUCACCGCAAAACACCUUCAUCAGUACACCACUUCAUCCCCGCGCUGGUCCUAAAAUAA